UGCACUAGGCAUAGCUCGACUCGACUUUUCUCUUUGUUGCAUCAGGUGCGAGCUUCUUCUCCUCCUUUCUUUUCAGUGUCAUAUAGCUGUUUUACAUUCUUGAAUUGGUUUUUAUGUUCUGCUCCUAUCUCUUUAAUAUUGGUUCAUGCUCAUGGAUGAGAUACUCUGUUUUGCCUUCUGUUGUUCGUUUACUGAUUCUCCUUUACCCAAUAAAAUGAUGGUGACUCUGAAAUGGCCAAGAUUGGUAGCCAGGCUUAGAGCAGAACUGAAUUGCGCAAGAGAAUGUCUGGAGAAACAGAAGGCAAAGGUGAAACGGAAAGAAAUCAAAUGUGUUAAAAGGAGAAAGAGGAAUGAAUUCUUCUGGAAGGAGGAUGCAUGCAUCCGACAUGGUAUUGAUCUUAACCUUGGUAUCCUAGAUGCAGAAGAUGAGGGUGACUUUGUCAGAGCUGAUCAUCUUAGGCAGUCUAGGAGGGAGUUGGUGGCCAAGCACAUGGAAGAAACACAAGUUUUCUUGAAUGGUGCACUCAAUUGAAACUUGGGCCAAACAGUCAGCCUUGCAUAUGUUGUUUCCCUACCAAGUUUGUGUGUCAUGUAAUGUAAUGGCAAUGUUUGGUUUCUAUGUUCUAUUUCUCUGUUUCGAGUCAGUUUAUGUGGAUCUUUGUUGUCUUAUAUUUGGUACUUCCUCUAUAAAUAAAGAUGACUUUGCUUU